AUGUCGAACCUGAGUGUUGCCAGCAACAAGAGACACGAUGGGUAUGAUCUGGACGUUUAUGGAAGAGACUCGUACUUGUUUUAUUCCUUACACAUUCCGGCCCUUGUAUGCAUUACCUGUAGUUUCAUAUCAGCUGUAACCGUGCUGGUUUUGUCUUUUAAGACAAAGAAUUUUAGAACCUUCUUCAAAUGGACUAAGAGUGAGCGUUUUAUUGUUUAUCUUGCUAUUUGUGAUGGUUCCUUCAAUUUGGCACACUUUACAGACCAUUUUCACAUUUUGGUCACCAGAGAUCACGUAUAUCCUAAAGCCCUCUGUCAGUUUUACGGUCUGAUGCUGGCCGAGUUCAUCACAGCCCAGAACCUUCUCGUGAACAUUGUUGCAAUUAAUGCUUUUCUACUGAUGUACUUCAACCGUAAUCUGGAAUUCGGGACAAAAGACUACCGUUUAUUAUUGUGGACAUUUGGAAUCCCCUUGCUUGGCGCAACAAUAGCUGCACUAACUGGGCAACUGGGUCCAAAUGGUUCAUUCUGUUACUUUGACGGAGUGACUGGGAAUACAGCUAACUUUUUCUUCACCACCGUUCCUCUGUGUUUCAUUCUUCUGUUGAACACCACUCUCUACAUCCUCAUAUUCCAGAAACUCACAACAGAAUCAAGGCGCUUGCGCAGAAGAAUCGGCACGCAGACGAAAACUUUGACAGCCAAUCACAAUGCAGCGCGUUCGAUGUCGCUGUUUGUCCUAGCAUUCAUCAUACAGUGGUGGGCCAUGGCAGUAUACGGACUCUGGACCUUUGUUAAUCCCGAUGGAGUACCGACGGCUGUUUUCCACUUUGUCACAACGUUUUCUAAUAUUGGAGGCAUACUGAAUUUUAUCGUAUUUAUAAUCAUCAGAAAAAGAUCGUUAAUGACCGUAAACACGUGCGAAAUUACGAAUCAAACUAAUAUGCCUUGA